GCCCGUAAAAAUUGUUACAAUUUAUGUGAAUUUUUCGUAGCGUUGCUCGCGUGCUUUAAAUUAUUUGUGCAAGGAAAUUUUUAGACUCGUGUCCCAAAUUUGAUUGAACAAUGGCCACCGUUGAGAAGAAGGAGAAUGAGCAGGAACCCAAGACGCAGGACAAGCCAGUGAAGCAGGAUAGAAAGAGUUAUGACCACCACCGCUGUUUGGUGACCACCAAGAUGGAUAGGGACAGGGCCGACUAUAUGAGAUGCACCACCAGGCAGAACAACCGGGAGAAGGAAAUGUUCCCGAAGGACACCGAUGUCUGCUGCUCGACCUGCCCCCCCAAGGGACAGACUGAACCGAUCUGUCCUGGGCCUGGUCAGAAAGGCAAGUCCAACAAGGACGCCAUGCGGUGUUUCACGGUCAACAUGGUCGUCCAGAAGCUGUACAUGCCGGGCCGGGACUUCGAGUGCCAGGACAAACUGAGUAUCAAGGUGGACAUCUGCAAAGGGGUUGCUCCAUGCCUUAAAGCAGAUCGCAUCAACGCGCUAUGUCUGCCCCCCGAGCCGCUAAAGACCUUCCCAAUGGUGGGUGAGUGUCUGGCAAAGAGUCUGGCGGAGGGCAUCUCCCUCGCAGUCGUCUAUAUGAAAAAGGAGAUAGGUCGAGGCUGCUAUGUGCUUCCCGAGUCAGUCAUCUUGCGCAUGUGCAACACUGUGCAGCAAGUGGUGCACACUGCCAACGUGGAGCUCACCUGCCGUGGGUGCACCGUUGGUAUGGCCACCGUGAGAAUCUCUAUGCAGAUGCGGUGCCAAGACAUGAAAGAAGAAAUAGACAGGACCGCCUCCGGUCUAUAUUCGGAGAGCGAUGAUCUCAAGGAAUGCAUCGAAAAGUUUGUGGACCAGCAGGACGUCUUUUUCAUGGUGGGGGACAGCUCUCAAACAUUUCCAUCCUCCUCCACCGACCCAUGUCUAGGCUUCAGGCCCGAUGACGUGGAGCAGUCCGACCACCGUUGCUCGGACCCCCGCAGCAGCCUUUCCAAGUUCCGCACCCUCAACAUGCGCAACGUCAACGACGCCGGCAUCCUAAACAAAUGCUGUGGCCCCGAGGGCCAGCCCAUGAAGCUGGUGGACAUGGCAGGACCCUACGCAGUCUAUGGCUGCCCAGACGCGGACGACUCUUGCCUCACCAUUGAACCUCCAAGAGGGCCCUCGGAUCAGUUCUCGCCCGAACGACAGGCAGCGUACGGGGAUGGCACCACCAACCGCCUGUGCCAUCAAGUGUCGGUGCCGGACCUGAAGCAGACGCUUAUCAGCUCGUGUCGCGUGUGCCAAGUCUGCGGGGAGGACGUAUCUUGGCUGCCAAAGAUUGGGGCCUGUCCAUACUGCGGCUACAAGCCAGUGCCCAUAUUCAAGGAGAAGCCAUAUGACGAGGAGGCAACAGCUGAGAAAAUCCUGCUGACCCAUUUAGAGCAGCCUGAAGAUGCAGCCUGCUUUGCUCUUGGCUCUAUGAGUGGCUGCUCUGGCAGAAGUGUCGCAGAAGAUGGGCCCACGUCGGAGGCGUUCGAUGCCAUAGUGCGGGACUACGAGCUGCUGAAAAAGAGUAUUAAGAAGUCAGCUGGCGUUGAUCUUUGUCCCCAUACCCGCAAACAGCCGCGUUUGUCUAUAGCCAAGGAAGCCGAAGACAAGCGACCGGAACUGCAUCUAGCCAGUGUAUUUGCAGAGCUCAAGGAGCUGUUCAAAGAUAAGUCCAACGAGAGGAGUCCGAAGAUCGAGGAGAUUUGCGAAGAGGCUUGCAACCUCUCCAGAGUAUCCAAGAAACGCCAUUCCGGAAAACCUUCACACGUCAAGGAUAAGGGCAAGAUGUUGGAGGAUUCUUGCGUAGAGCCCAAGCAACGCAAGAAACGACCCUCACGCCGAAAAAUGCCCUUCAAGUCCAAGUUCUACGCAAUGCUACCCAGAGAAAGAGAGGGACAUGCGGCGCGCAACCAUGCUCACUGCUUUGACGGGGAUUCGAAGGUGCCCAGCCACAUGGGAUGGCUCUGGACCGCCCACCCCCUGGCCAAGAAGCCGGGGUGGCGACCGGGUGCUAUCCGACGAUCCAUACGAGAGCUGAUGCGCUACUUUCUCAAGGACUACCCCGUGGACACCAUACCCGUGUCGAAGUACAUGACCUACUACAAUCACAAGCCGCCACCGCCGGCCGAUUACGAGGAGAAGCCCGAGGACCUGGUGCAGGUGCCGACGCUGCACAUCGAGAAGAAGAACGACGAGUUCAUCAUCACGCUGCGCCCACUCAAGGACACGGAAACACUGAAACGGUCCGCCAACCCCUACGUCAACAUGAAACCCGUACAGUUCCGCAUCGUAAAGAAUCCAUUACUGAAGGAGGUGCGGGACUUAAAGCGCUGCCUCAAGAGCAUGGGAUUCAGCAAGUGCUCCUGCCACAAGCCCGUUACCGAGUGCUACUGCCGCAGCUUCAUCGACAAAAAGCGCCUGGUCUACCAACUCAAAAAAGAGUGCGAGCGACGCCAGAUCGACAGCUGUGAAGAAGACCUCGUCCUCUCUGAAACCACCGACAGUGAGGCUGAGUAUGAGUUUGGAGUCACCCCGCCGGCCGGCCUCAUGCAUCCUGAACGACUGAAGAAGUCGCACGUGAAGCACACUGACACACAGUACGAUGAGAACGACUGGGCCAUGCCCAGUAUGUUCCCUCAUCCUCCGAAUCCCUACGUCCAAUACGGCGCCUGCGUGCUCGGUGAGCGAAAGAAACGUUUCGACUGGAUAUACGGCAAGGGCAACGUACACCAGGAGCCCAAAAAGCCUAUUAUGCGCAACAAGCCAAAGACCAAGAAGAAGAAGGCACAGCCGGGUCGUCAAAAGGGUGGGUUCAUCAGCGAAACACUGGACAGCUUCGCCGGCCUAUCGCAGACUUACGAUCAACAGGAGUAUUCCAAUGAUUUUACCUCCCCGCUCAGCGGACACCGUAUGCGUCUCUUGAACCAGGCUGCCUAUCCGCCAACGGCUCCCCAAAGACUGUGGAGCGAGGGAACAGGGAUGGGUAAGCGCAGUGAGAAGUUCGUUAGAUUCGACACCUAUCCAGUAAACUAUUUCUCCGUCGGGAAUCUUUCCUAGCCAGUCAAAAAUGGUCACACCGUACUACAUAUAUUCGAGCAAGUCGACAGAUAUUUCUAAAAACACUUAUAAAUUUCAGGCCCACGACAUUAAAUUAUUAUUUUCAAUAAAAUAACUAAAUAACAUCGUUCA